AUGCGCUUUUCAGCAUCCGGCGUCGUCGCCGCCAUCUUCUUGCUCUCCUCGGAGGCAACCGCAGUCAACUUGAGACACAUCCACGCCAGACAGGUGAAUGGCCGGGCGGUCCAGUACAGCAACAGCAGCAGCAGCACUGUCGUUGCCCCCUCUGUAUCCUCCUCAGCCCUCCCCGAGGCCAGCAGCACCGAGGACGACUGUCCGCCCGAAGAGACCGAUACUCCCGUUGUUGUCAGCCCUUCGAAUGGAACCGACUACCCGGUUCAGCCCCCUGUCGGUGGCUCUUCCAUUGCUGUGAGCGCCAGUUCUACCGACGCAGUGUCAGCUUCGUCCGCCAUCUCAGGUGCCAGUUCCACCGCAGUCGCUGAGAACCCUGCCGCUGGAACCAGCUACCCUGUCCUCCAGCCUUCUACCAACGGCACUACUCCUCCUCAGUCUUCCGCUGCUCAGUCCGCGAGCUCCAACUCCCCGGCAUCAGCUUCUGGUCUCAGCUCUUCCGAGUCGAUUGCUUCUAUUGCGUCCAGCUCCUCGUUCUCUGCCGUUGCCACCUCUUCGUUCCCGGUUGCGCCUCCGUUGGUCACCGGCACCGGUGGUGCGAGCGCCAGCUCCAACUCUCCGGCCACUGCUUCGGCCCCUUUCGCUAACCACACCACUAUCGCCCCUCCGUUCGCUAACUCGACCGCUACUGCCGGUGCUGGAGGCGUCACCACCUUGACCAUCGGUGUUACCUCGAUCCAGACCAUCAUCUCCUGUGCCCCUACUGUCACCAACUGCCCUGCUGCCAGCAACACUGCUGAGCUGUCCAGCGCUCUGGCAACUCUUCCUUCCGGAGCUAUCACGACUGUCCUGGCCACUAGCAUCAUCGAUGUUACCACCACUGUCUGCCCAGUCUCUGAGGCUAGCUCCAUUCACUCGUCCGUCAUUGAAAGCAUUGUCAGCAGCUCUGCUAUCCUCACCCACACCAACGCCGGCGGAUCUGUCGUCACUUUGACUGUCACCGCAAGCUCCGGCGCUGCUACCGCCUUCCCAUUCCCUACUGAGACUGGAGUCGGUGGCGGCACUGGUUCAUUCCCUACUGGUUCCGGCGGCGAGGAUGGCAAGUCUACCAGCUCUAACGACGCAGUCACUGCUUCUGCCACGCACUCUGGUGGUGUUCCGGUUGCGACUGUUGUCACAGUCACUAUGGGCAGCCAGGUUCUCACCAGCUCCAUGACUAUUAUCCCUACCGCCAGUGUCACCCACGUUGCAACUCCCAUCGUCUCGGUUGUGACUUUGACUGUCGGUGGUGGCUCAACUUCGAGCGUCUUGACCAACACUGUUACUUUCUCUGCUCCUCCUGCUGCUGGUUCCGGAUCUCCUGGGGGCCCUCAGACUGUUGUGUUGACUGUUCCCGCCGGUAACAACGGCCAGUACUCCACCGUCACAAUGACCGCCUCCAACUCGCCCGUCACUCAGAGUGCUCCGGUGCUUGCCCCCGCCGAGCCUUCCACCAUCUAUGUCACUGCUUCUGCCCCUGCCGCCGAGGCAUCGACUGUAUACGUUACAGCUCCUGGCGCCGUUGAGGCCUCCACUGUCUACAUCACUGCCUCGGCUUCUGCCGUUGACGUUCCCACUGUUACUGUUGGCGCUGGGUCCACAAUCACUGUCACGGCAGGAGGUAACGGCGGAUCCGCUGAGACCAUCACUGUGACGGCCAGCGGUCACGUUGCAACAACUCAGACCGUCACAGUUACUGCGGGAGGCAGCGGUGUCGUUUGCCCUGCGGCUCAGACUGUCACUGUGUCCAACUGCCCGGCCGCUGUCACCUACAAGCGUCGCUGGAACUAG